AUUUAAAGCAAAAGAAAACUGAAAAACUGAGGGCUUGGACAUAAAAAGGGAGGUGGUGGCUCAGUGGUUCAGGAAGUGGACUUGGGUCCAGAAGGUUUCAGGUUCUAGUCCCCCAGCUGUCAAGUUCCCACUGAGGUGCUCUGUCAUGGCUCCGUCUCCACUCACUGCUCCCUGGUUCUUAAAGCUGCCACUGUUCACUGUGGCGAUGGGUUAAAAACAGAGGUCACAUCUGGUUGUGUGCAGUGGUGAGCUGUGUCACACUGACAGGGAGUUCACUCUUCAUUGUUUAUUCUCAGUAGUCAGGAAACGAAACCUAUCAGAACGUUUACAUGACUCCACCCUCCUGACUAUUAAAACUGGUGACAUUCAUGAAGUAGAAACUGUUGCGCAGUUUGCACACAGAAGACGGUGGCAUCAAGGAACAUUGUUCAAACUUGAUUUCUACUCCAGGAUCAGCAAGAAUCAUGUCUGACAAUCUCCAAGUGGAUGUUCAGCACGUAAUCCUCUGUGACAUGUGUCCAGAGGAGGACAGGAAACCAGCCAGGAAGACCUGCAUGAAGUGUGAGAUCUCCAUGUGUGCCCCUCACCUGCAGGUCCACCUGACCACACCUGUGUUACUGCAGACUCAUCCUUUGACUGAACCUAUGGCUUUGUGUGGCUCCACCAAAUGCCCUCUUCAUGGCAAGCUCCUGGAGUACUACUGCCUGGACGAUAUGACCACCGUUUGUGUUUCCUGUGCCAUUGAAGACCAGCACCGCCUGCACAACAUGAAGACCUUCUCCACCGCCCACAAGGAGCUCCUGGAAAAGCUCAAAGAUAAGCAGCAGGCCCUGUUGGUGAAGAUGAGUGACGAGAGCGAUGACAGUGAUGAGAAUAUGAGCCUGGAAAUGUGGGAGAAGAAUGAACGAGAGAAGCUGAGCGGUCGUUGCGUGCGUCUCAUUGAAGCCCUGACCAACCUUCGGGACAUUUCUCUGAACAGUGUCCAAAGUUCUGUCUCGGCUCGUAUGGUGGCACUAAAAACCAGCCGGAACAGCAUGCAGGCGGCACAGAACGAGACGGACACCUUCCGCUUCUUGCAGAUGUACUCCCAGGUGCAUCAGGACAUGGAAAAGGCCAAGGCUGUGGAUCUGACGAGAGGCCUGGAGCCUGGCAGCGCUCGAGAUAAGCUCGUCCAUGAAAUCAUUGAGAAAGGUGAAGAAAUAAGAGAUCAGGCAGACCUUCUCUGGGAAUCCUUGUUGACAAUGGUUGAUCCUGACCAGGUGUUUUUCAUCUCUAGUCCAGACCUGAUCUUUGAGCCCCAUUGUUUUGACCAAUGCAUGUCACUCUCUGAAGACAAGAGGAAGGUUUUCUUCAACACUUGGUUGGGUCAGUGCUCUGCUACCCUUGCGAUCCGCAGUACAGGAAUAGUUCCUAACUUUCAGAGGUGGAUGGUCAGUAUCUCCAAAGAGAUAAAUUGGACCAUCGGCCUCUGUGCCACACAGUCUCUGAAUUACUGGAGGAACGGACCUGUAUUUGGGUUGUCCUGCAAGAACAACCAGCUCAGCUCUCUGGUAACAGUGUUUAAUGCUAAUGCCCAAAACACUGGCUCCAGUCCUCACUCUGUGGUUUCAUCUGAGCUAACUGACACCCAGGGACAGGGUAAUGAUCAAGAUGUACCAGCAGAAGAAGUGGUUGAAGUGUUUUUGGAUGUUGAUGUUCCUUCACUGUCCUUUUUUAGAAGAACUGGUAAGUACCAGAGGGAAGAGCUAACCACAAUCCGGGAGAACGUGGACAAAUCAGAUCUGGUUCCCUUUGUUCACCUUGAGAUGAAUGUCCAAAACAAAAAAUAUCCAAGUGUUUCACAGAAAAGCGUGUCAUAUACUGGCUAUAGUACAUCAACACCAAGUAACAAUCGAAUUUCUGAAGUGGUUUGUGGACUGGAAUAAUUCACGGGAGCUGAUUUACUGCUGCCCCGUCCCAGUAUGGAAAAGAUUUACUUGAUUUACGUUGUGGAGACAUCACUGACUGGUGAAAAUAUUCUGCUAACAAUGAAAAUAUUAGCAUGAAGCACAUGGUAGCCCACGUCUUGGUUCUAUGUUGAUUUUCCUAUGGGGAUUUAAUCCAAGUACAUGUUUUUUUUCUUAAACGCUGGUGUUUAGACCGAUAUCUGUCAGCUUUACUGUUUGUCUUCAUCUACUGGUCACAAAUUGUACUGAUAAAAUCUAUACAAUAUAAAUGUAAACGAUCAUUCUUAAUAAAGAUUAAAAACAAAUAA